AUGUCGGCCCCCAGCGAGGCUCCCUCUGACGAGAAUAGCCUCGGCGGGUUUUCCUAUGAGUUUGUCGAUACAGACGAGGACAGCCGAGAUGAUAAUGCCACGGAAUCGGUUGCCUCGACCGAUUUCGGUCGUCCAGAUGAUGUGGCCAGCCUCGCAGAUACCCAGAGUGGUGACGAGAGCGGAGAGGACGAUGGCCCCGGAACCUCCGAUGCUCACCACUUCUCUGGCCUCGAUGAUAACGACGAACAUCUUUUCAGCACUCCUACGAUAGGGCAGAGCUCUGCAUUCGUGCCCGAAGAUCUCGAUAAACCACUCGUUCAGUCCAUCGAGUUUGAAGAGCCGUUCAACCUUGGGGCUGAGACCGUCUCCGUCAAGCACACGAUCGCUGAUCUCAACGAGCAGCAGACGGCCAGUGCUCUCAAAGGAAUGACGUUGCAAAACCCACCAAAACGCCUUGCUGUCACUAUUCGCCAGACUAUGACCAAGCAAGGCCUAUCCACCCGAGAUCCUCUACGCAUCCUUUACGUGGGCAGCCAUUCCGCAAAGCAGGACAUCAUCCAUAAGGUUGCCAGUUCUGUCACAGCAUCAGUCGACAGUGGGAACCGAGCACAACAUCUGCGUCACUCUGCUUCUCAGAUCUACAACGUCGUUCCAGUAUCAGCAUUUGGCUCCGAGCGGACCCCUGAGAUUGAGCUUAUGUAUUCGUCUGGCUACCAGAUCAAGGUCGAGGAUUGCAUUUUGGCGCAGAGCCUGAAAUACGAGGAUACUCCUGAGAGGCCUGAUGUUAUAAAAGUAACCCUCGAUGGUAACUUCUCCUACCACUCGGUCCCCGACGGACAAGGGUUUAUUGUCGAGCCACACUGGGAGCUUCCUCAUGUAGCAAUCUUCUACUGUUCUGAUAAUGACGAUCUCGAAACACGACGUACCGCAACUGUCGCCAGGAAAUUCAUGGGUCGUCACGGUGUGCCUUCUAUCGUUAUAUCACACAAGCAAUUGUUCGACAGAGGCCAAUGUAUGUCACUCGAUCAACACUCGAUCCAUAUGUGCUUGGAAUCACGAGACUCCAACGGCAAAGGAAACAUAAUUCAUCGUCGCUUACCUAUAGACUUGGCUUCUUUCUUGAAUAUCGACGCGAGACAGAUGAAUCGAAACCUGGCAUAUAUAACUGGCCUCCACGAACCGCUCGAGAUCUCAAAUCCUCCAGGCCCGUCAAAGAAGCCUCAAAUUACACUUGUCGAUUCUCAAGACCUAGAGAAGACACCGCAUAGCAUCAGCGAUAGUGCCAGUUUCAUUCGCAACCGGAGUGGUGCAGAAUGGAGAGCGCUCCUACCAGUCGGUCUGCUCCUUCUAAGUGUCUUUACUGCUGUAUUUACCGGCCUUCCGAUUUACCGAUUUUCCUCCAGCCCAGCAAUAUCAAUUAAUAGUAAGGUAAUGUCAGCCGUGCCAAUCUCUACAAGCUCAUCGACCCCGCCUACCCCGGUAAUGAGCGUCACAUCAACUCCCGCUGUGUUUAAGACCUCUACGCGGACAAUAACAGUCACCCAUGCCCCUUCUCAAGGAUCGAAUAGUCUUGCCGUGCUGCCUUCAAUGGAAAUAGGGAAGUUGACACCAGCAGUCCAAGAUCGGGGCAAGCCUGCCAAUCAAUCCCUCUGUUCUGCUGAGAUCUUGGGAGAUAGAGAGAUCUUGAUUCGCAUUGCGUCAGCGACGAAGCUUAGCUGGCUUACCAAGGAAGCAUUGUCCGUGAACAUUACUCGCGGUAACGUGAGUGUAGAUACCGAGCGAGCCUACAGUUCCAACGAUGGGAUUGUUCUCUUGUUACCCAAGAACGAAGCCUACGGUGUUCUCAACAUCUCCAUUAUUACCACGAAGAAGCCGCGAGUUAAUGAGAUAUUCCAGGUAGACUUUGGGACAACCAUAGCUCAGACAUGGCAGAGCAUUCUGGAUAAGUUGUCAUCUCUGUUUGAGGAAGACGUCGCUUUAAUCGACACAAAGAUGUUUGAUAAAAUGCGCACUAUGGUGGAAAAGAUGGUCGAGGAUUCGCAUGCUCGCUCUCGAUCUACCUUCGUCCACAUGGAAGAGGCGAGAAGAGCGGCCACAGAGCAUGCAGCCGUUACUACUGCACACCUUACAGACUUAGCAAAGUCAAUAUCUCUUGAGGCUGCCAAACGCAGUGCUAUCCUUUCCAAGGAGCUUGGCAUCCAGUUUGCCAAAGCCGAAGCCAAGCUGUCCAAAAAGUUUCAGUCCUUGGAAGACCUCAGAGAACCCAUCAAUAGUGGACUAUUGAAGGCCCAGGUGCAAUCCAAGCUUCUAUGGCUGAAACUUCAAGGAAAAGAUGAAGAGCACCGUGAAUACCAAGAACGUGCUGCUGAGGCACUUCGUAGCAGAGCGACGGGUUCGAAAAAGUCUCAGGCUUAUCCGGGAGAGAGGAAGCAAACACCACGAGCUGCCAAGAAGUCUGCAAAGAAAGAAGCUCGAGCAGCUAAGAAGGGUGGAAGGAAACCGCGUACUUAG